CUGUGCGACGGGUAAACACGCCGACCCACAGCCCAUUACAUCGCGUACCGUCAACUAGAAUACGUUAAAUUUAAAUUCCUAACCUUAAAACCGCUCAUUUCGUCCAUUUUAUCAAUAAAAAUUUAAUUAUUUUGGCUCGAAGGACCAAAAUUAUAUUUACAAAUCAUAUUUUGAUUUCUAUACGCGUCCUUGUUACGUUUCCUAUUUACGUAGCUCAGAGAGUAUUUGGAUUAAACUAUAUAAACGUAAUGUGCAAAUAGGGAAGCUUAUUAAAUCAACUCGAUUUAGUUUAUUUAGUAACGAAGUGAGCGCGUUAUCAGUGAUGUGUGUCAAUAGGAAACAUUUUCGGCGCGUCGUUUUGCUAAAUUAGACUCUUAACAACUUAGAUUCAAGUGAUGUGCGUGUGUGAUGGGUAAACCAAAACCGAAAGACCUAGAUAAAAGCAAGAAAAUGGCCGAUGUAGUGACCGAAAGACGGAAAAAUGUGACUUUGAAACGCUCGAAAUCUGUGAGAGCCUCACUAAGGUUCAUCAGUACGAAACUACUGAACAAAAACAUCAAUAACAAUAACAUAACUCAUACCAAAGAUUUACUGAAACUGAACAAAACACCCUCCAUGUCUAGUCUGCAAGAUUACCAAAAAUCCGACCAUACAGAAGGGUUCAUCGAAAGUUUUUAUCCGAGAAAUCAACCGGUGGAAACGAUUCUAAAAACACCCAUGAUUAAGGUCGAUAACAAAUCAAAUUCACGAGCAUUUAAAAGAACUGAAAAGCUUAAUAAAAACCGUAGAGAUCAGCUUGAUGGACAUUUAAAGUUAUCAACUCCACCGAGUUUGGUGGCUCCAAAAGCGGCCCAGCUCCUUCAAAUACCUUCGAUAGCCAACAAGCAGUUUUCUUCGAUGGAGAAUUUGGAUCAGAAAGUGAUUAGGAGGUGGGUUCGUAAUGAAAAAUACUCGCACCAUGGAAAAACGGGUGAUCGUGGUGAAGAUUAUUGGAGUAGCGGGUUCCAGCGUGGUGCUUUGCGACUCUCGAUCACGACCAAAAGGAAAAAUGGCGCCAGGAAUUCGUCCUUGUCCGAGGACGACAAUAGAAAGCUGCCGACGUUGUCGGGCGACCUUGACAUGGAGGUGGCGAGUAUCCCCCUGACGAGGGGACUCCCACCUCCCAGUCACAAACCCAGCAAAAAGGAAGCGAAAUUAUUGCAGCAAAAACUGGAAAAACUCGCCAGGAUAAACAUACACUUACACGCACUGUUUUCGGCUGUGGAAUGUGGACAUUUAGAAAAAGCAAGAACAAUAUUAGAAUCCACAGAUGCGGAUAUUAAUAGUGUCAAUUCAGAUUUGCUAUCACCACUAGAUAUUGCUGUUUUAAGCAAUAACAGACCGAUGGCAAAGAUGCUGGUGUCAUUUGGAGGCAGAGAAGGCAGUCAAUUUUCAAGUUCGGAAAAAAUGGGAUCGCAUUUGAGACAGUUGCUUUGUGAAGCUGAGAUGCGACUGCAAGAACUGGGGGGACUCUUAGAGGAGCCCUGUGGGGCUGCUCUAAAUACACGUGCGUCUUUUUCUAGUAUGCUAAGUGCUGGGUCUACCUCAUCUGUGACGGGAUGUGCUGGUGGUGAUACGGAAAAACAAGCCGUGGCUUGGGGUCGUAAGGCGAAGACUUUGAAACGGCUGGUGUUGGGAUUCACCCAAGCGAGGCCUCCAGAUGUUCCGUCCAUGGUGGCCCUAGACAUAACUGCCAAAAAUGCGAUUACAGUGAGGUUGGCCGAGCCUACGUCGCAGGAGUCUCCCAUAACGACGAAAUUUUUAGUACAAUGGUCUACAAGACCCGAUUUCUCCAUUAUCUCUGGUACCGAAGAGCUUACGGACAUGUCCAAUUUAAGGUGCCAAGUGGAACUGACUCAGGGAAGGAGAUAUUAUUUUAGGGCCAGUUGUGGCAACUUAAAGGGUUACGGAAUGUACAGGGCCUCCACACCGGCGUCAGUGACACCGUCCACUUGGAGGGAAAUAGAACAAAAAGAUCCAAGAUAUGGUGAAAGCAAUAAUCAAUUGGAUCAGCUUAUAGAAGAAGUAAGACAAUUAAGGCCUGGUAGUGAGAUGUUGGAAUCAGCAGGUCCAUCCCAAAGGAGAGCACAAAGAAAAAAGACUACAAUAAAGCAAUUAUUUACAGCCGCUAGCAAAUUCCAAAAAAAUCUAAAAAGGGGUAUAUAUUUAGCCUGUAUCCUCUACCACGAGGACAAGGUCCUCGUGACCAACGAAGACUUCCUUCCUGUGAUAGAAAUCGACGAAUCAUUUCCCAGCUGCAUCAACAACGACCUCUACUGGCUGAUGAGGGUGGCCUCCACGUGGGACGACACCAAAUGCCUCAAGACCGUCAUGGAGGAGCACACCUCCUCAACUAUACAUUUCCGGACGAAGUUACUGUUGGCAGCCCUCCAAAUGCAGUCGUCCCUGUGUCUGCAAGACCUAGGCCAGCUCUACUACAGGCCAGUCAGGGAUUCUCAGGGUACGGUGGUGGUAAGCACGAUAAACUACGUCAAGUCGCCGAAAAGUGUCAGUGUGUUGAACUCGCGCUGGUUGCCGAUGAACAAAGUGUUUAAGAAGGCUGUGCUGAGUGACGAUUCUAGUAUCGGUGACGUUUUAAUGGCUAGUAUACAGGAUCAGAUCAAUUACCAUCAAGUGUCCGGUUUGAAGUUGGGGAGGGGACUGUAUUUGGCUUAUUUGAAAAUGCAGAGUUCAGUGGAUAUGAUUCAGCUUGUGGUGUCGACGAAAACGCCGAAUAUGCUACCUCAUUGUAAAGUGAGAGAUAAUCCGCACGUCUCGGCAGAGGAAUGGGAAUACCUGAAACAGCAACAUCUUCCGGACGUGGUUGACAACGCCAGCGAACUACAACGAAACUUUCUCGAGCUGAUGACCAGCGCGGCCAAAAGACUGUUCAACUACAUGGACAUCCCCAGCGACGAAGCCAAUACACAUCGACUCUACGACACCGAAGUGAUCGAACUCACCGGCGAAAUUAGUUUUAUCGCUAUCUGCCCUUCGGCAGAAUUCUCCUGCGCCGUCCCUGGUCAAAGGGAGAUACUGUUACAGAGGGGUGAUUUGAUCAGCUUGCCUAUACAGGUGUUCGAAAUGAUUCAUCUCAACACAUACCAAAGCAACAUCGUUCAAAAGUACUGCAAACUAAGCUGCUUAUUAGAGCUGGACUCAGCAACAGCCAGUCACUUGCACCGAGAGGCUUUCUCCAACACCGAAGUUGCCGUUGCCAGAGAACGUCUUGCCAGACUACAGGAUCUCCAAAACAAACUCGAAAGUAUCUGGAAGAGCGUACGAUGGCUAGCCGAUGUCAUUACCUUCGCCAGAGACCGAACCGUAGGCUCUAUAGUGAUGAGACACAUUUUGGAGAAAGAAAUCGGAGUAUCAACUAGUCCUAAGAGAGAUCUGUUACAGAUUCCUCCGCCUAAAGUUAUUAAAACCACUCCGGGACGGGGAUCUUGGCCAGGUCCAGGAGGCACAACCCAAAAUGUUAGUGCUAGUUUAGUGAGUGAACACAGUAAGAGCGAACAACACCUCAACAUAAACGGUAGCUCUUCUCAUUAUUUAAGCGCGAGAAGUGAUCCAGAAUGUCGGAAAAACAGCGAGAGCUUUACUAGCGCCAGUGAUUAUCUUUCCCAGCUCACCCCCAGCAGAAGUGAGGAUGUUCUGUUCUCCGUCCCAAGCUGUAGUAACGUCCCAAAUUCUCGACCUCGAAACGUUGCUGUUUCUAGUAUGUCAGUUACAACGAGUCCUUUACUCAGCGUCAAACCUAUGUAUGGAGGAAGUAUGGUCAGUGUGAAUACGAUUAACACAACCGACAGUCUGCACAGUCUUAGUUCAGACAGCGAUCAGCAGCCUUUGAGUUCAUCAACGCCUCAAAAAAAGAAACCUAGACCCAGAAUGGUUCCGAGCAAAAGCAUGGCAAACGUUAAACAGAAUUUUUUAGAACCGACUAGUUCAGAUCAAAACGUCAUGUUCCUAACCGUCGAUCACGCUUUCCCGGGGUUGUCGAAUUUAGACAGUAACCUAUCGAAAAGUCUGACGAAUAUUGGAUCAACGUUAUCCGAUAUGGACAGGUUAGAUCCAUACCUUCCUGAACUGGACUCGCCCAAUUGCCCCGUAGUCUUUCCAGAGAUAUUCAAUCUUCCUUCCGAUGAUCCAGAACCCUAUGCCAAAGAUAACUACGACAUUCUACAAAUUUAUGCGGCAUACGAGACAGGGUUGGUCAUUGGGACUAGCUUAAAAGUAUAUGUAACUCCUAGAACCACUGCUAGGGAGGUGGUAAAUGUUGUUGUGAGGCAACUAAACAUGGCGGUGAUAUUGAAGGGAAAGAAGGGACCUAUUUAUAACAGGGAUAUGUUGAAGAAUUUUUGUUUGGUGGCUAUCAUAGGAGCUAGGGAGAGGUGUUUGAGGGACGAUUUCAAACCGUUGUUGUUGCAAAACCCUUGGAAGUUAGGGAGGUUGUACGUAAGAAGAAAACACGAUGUUUUAGCCGCUUUAGAUCAUAGUAGCAAGUUGGAUAGGAUAGAGUCAAAUCGGAUAGAUCGGAUUUAAGAAGAUGAUAGUUUCAAAUGAGUCUGUGUUACAAGAAAAAUGUUGGUAAAUACAGGAUAAAAAUAAAUAACAAUUUGUACAAUAUUAGUUAAUUUAUUAAAGGAAAACACUUUGAAGGCAAAAAAUGACAUGACAACAUCAAAUACAGUUAAAUUAUAAUAUACACCCAGGAGUUUGCAAAAGUAUUUUUAAAAACUUUAAAUAAACAAGAAAGGAUAGAUUACAUUACAUUAUCAAAUCUAUAAACUUUCUUGUAACACAGAUCGAUAAUAAUUUAGUCAAAUUGAAAUGGUGCUAGUUUUCUUAUGAUAAUAUUAAUUGAAAAAUAUCAUUGUUGCCUAUAACAAUAAAUGAAUGAAAGAAAUGGAGAGUAAAUACAAAGAAAAUAAUAUUUGUAGCGCUAAAAAUAGUUUUAUGUAUAGAAACAUUUUGCCACACUCCAAUGUUAGCAAUUAAAUAUAAUAUUUUUUAAUGUAAUUGACAAAAAUUUUAGAAAUGUGGCCAGUUUUUGAUCAUGAACGAAAUAACAUUGGACGUGUAUAUUAAGACUGUGAUGAUAUCGUUUAUUAAAAAAUGUUAGGACCAUAUUUAAUGAAUUUAACUUAGUGUUAAGUAAAGGAAAGAAAAAAAUAAUGAAGGGGUAUAAACAAUUAUUGUUAGUAAUUAAAAGAAAAUGUUUUUUUUUCUUAAAAAUCAAACUAUAUAACAAGUUACGUCCUAGAUAUUAACGAAGAUGUUCCAAAGCUUUAACCAAAAUAGUUUUUGCUUCCUGAUUUUUAUUAAAUAUUAUAAAAAAAUUAUAAAAAAAUAAAAUUGUGGAAUAUGGUAGGUUUCAUCAAAAUGUACAAAUUAUACAGUUGCAAGUGGUAAAAAAAUAGUUACUUCUUGAUGUUACCUAUGAUAGAUUUAAAAACAAAUGGUUUUUUAUCAAAAUAGAAAUUCCAGCCAUUUUAUAACUAGUUCUUUAUAUUGAAAUUUUAUUAUUAUUUUUAGUGGUGAAAUACUCUAGUAGCAAAGAAACUAUAUUUAUAAAAAGUUCAUGUUCCAAAAAGAUAUAUUUGUAAACAUAAUCUAGAGAUGUUGAUGAAGUUACAAAAUCUGUAAUAGUCUCGAAUGUUUAGCUAUGCAUUUAAAAAACUGUAAUUAUUUAAUUUCUUGAUCAGGAAACUAUACAAACAAAUCAUAUCAUUUCCAAUUUUACAAAAUGCGACAAAAUAGUAUAAAUAUGUAUAAGUACGAUUUUUUUACUAAUUAUUUUUCUAGUACAAAGAAAUUAUAUAUUUUUAUUUUCUUUUUUACUGUAAAUUAUUUGUAUCUCGUAUUGAGAAAGUUAGAGAUUUAGUUUUAUUAGAGUUUAAAAAGAUAUAAAUGUUUGUAGGAGCAAAUAAAUCGAUUGCCACUAAUGAUCUGUAUAUAGUAGGGUUAAAACGUAUUUUUUCAAGUAUUUUUUCAAAGAGAUAAUAUUUGAAAAAAGAUGAUAAUGAACGGUGCAUGUCGUAUAAGCACGAUUGUGAUGCACAUCUGAAUUUGCAGGUUGCGGAUAUUGUAUUUAUAGCGCGUAAGGAUCAUGUGUAAUAAAUAAAUAUGUC